AUGCUGUCCCAGAUGGUGACCAUCUCAGAAAAUAUGUGGUGAUUAAAACUGAGCCCUGAGACUGCACAUACUUUCUCUCUGCUAGGCUCUUCUUAAUUAAUACCAUAAUAUUUAUCUUCAAUUUGAUCACUUUCAGUCUGAUCCACCGGAACCAGCGAAGAGGCUCUCCCCAUUUAGAGAAACAGGAAAGGAGCUGAGGACUCUUAGUAAAGCUCUAGCUCACUCAAGGUAAAUUAUGAAAGUCAAAUUGGGGAUGUUAGAGUACUUAUCACUGGAACAGCUACAAUUGGAACAUGGGUGUCUCAGGCAUCAUAUCAAUUCUGUGAAGCAAGGUGGAGAAUACUUUCAUAUACUUCACCAAGAAUCACAGGAGAGGAAGAACGCACUGAAAGCAGCCCAGUGGGCUCAGGACACAAGAUGGAGAACUGAGUUCCAGCCACCCAAAUACUCCUCUGAUGUGGAGGAGUCAGAGGAAGAAAUAAACACUUGUUCUCUAACAGAAGGCAACCACCUGAGGAAGUCAGGGAAGAAGAAAAAAAAGAUGACCUUACGGUCUUUCACUCCUGUUUAUACCAGUGUCUUGAUUCCAAGCCCCCCUGGAGCAAAAAGUGAACGUCUUUUCCGACAGCUGUGUGCCAUACACUGGCUUUUGGAAGCUUUGACUCUUGAAUCCAACGGUUCGAUGCGUUCCAUAUUAACCUGUUGGAAUCCAACGGACCCUGGUGGUUGUAAAAAAACAGUAAAAGAAAUCGAAGAGGAAAAGUUAGCAACAUACAUGUGGGAGCUCUUUUUUACAAACACAAAGAAAUGCACCUGGAAAGCACAAUACAGUCUACUUAGUAGGAAGAUAAACAAGACAUCUACUCCAGGUAUCUCUCAGCUUAGCAGUCAGUCAUCUCUCCGUGGUCAAACCCCUCAUGGCAGCGAAACUUCCACUGUACUUUGCUCUGAGGACAUCAAGAUUAAUGUAGCUUCAUCUGAUGUUAUGAGUGAGUCAGCACAAGCUAAAGAACAACAUCAUCUUUUCCCCCCCCUACAGAAAGUCAUCCAGCUAACACAUGAAGAGGUGUCAAAAGAUGUCCAUAAACAAGAAGAUAUGGUUAAGAAGAUUGGACUGCAGCGUUUGUUGCCAGUGGCUCAGAAGAAUUACAGAGUAAUAAACAUGCCAUUCAUUAAGGAUCAAGAGAGCAUAAUAUCAAGGAAGCAGAAGCCAAGGCAGGGUUGCAGCUGCCAUAUCAGCUCUUUCAUUAAAAGCAAAUCUAACUUAUGUGCCGAUAUGAGGCAAAAGUUCACAGCAGUACGUGAAGAAGCAGCUUGUUGUUUACGUGAUACUCUAGAGCGCCUUGAGAGGAGGCAGGAAGAGCGAUGUUGUCAAAAAUACCAGGCUUUGAAACAAUUGAAGUAUUUUAGAAGAGACAUGGAAAGAAUAAGACAGCUGGGCAUGAGAGCCGAAAGAGAACGUGAUGAAGAUGGACUAAACUGGUUUCCUGUAUUGCUUGCCAGACUCCCAGAGUCUGUGAAGAGUGACCAUUAUGUACAGAAAAUCUUAAAGAAACUGGAAAAAUAUGGCAAGGCUCCUGACUUGAAAAUUCAUCCAGACACCUUUCUUAAGGCUCUGGCUGAUCUACAGGUGUGGGAGCUGUGUUCUCCAGAAAUUGCUGCAGCUGUGGAGUUUGUACGUGAAAGUAUUGUGCAGAUGCCAGAAGAGGAUUUCAGCGAGUGGUUUCAGACAAGAGUAGCCCCCCUCAGUGCACAGUCCUCCACCUUUUAAUCAAAUGGCCAGAUGAGAUGGUUUUCCAGCUACAACUGUCUUCAAGCAGAAAACUACUGCCUAUUGAGAUCUGCCUCAAGCAAGACUGGGGAAGGGGAAUUAACUUCAGGAAGUCCCACUGGCCGCUCUUGCACAACUGAAAUUUGUCCCUCUACAGUGCUCUGUUGACUGUAGUCAG